CGGUCCUCCCGUGUCGUCACUUCCGGUGCGGCCCAGCGAGUCGUGCCGUCGCUAGGAGACGUGCGUGGUGACGUCGGAGCCGGGCGUCGCCGCCGGUCAGCUGGCGGCCGGGGCGGUGCGGGUGGUGCCGGCAGAGGCCGCGGUGGGCGCCGCCAUGGGGGAGCUGUUCCGCAGCGAGGAGAUGACCUUGGCCCAGCUUUUCCUGCAGUCCGAGGCCGCCUAUUGCUGUGUCAGCGAACUGGGCGAGCUGGGGAAGGUGCAGUUCCGCGAUCUGAACCCGGACGUGAAUGUGUUCCAGCGAAAAUUUGUUAAUGAAGUCAGGAGGUGUGAAGAAAUGGACCGAAAGCUCCGAUUUGUUGAAAAGGAGAUCAAAAAAGCAAAUAUUCCUAUCAUGGACACAGGUGAAAACCCAGAGGUGCCAUUUCCACGUGACAUGAUUGAUUUGGAGGCAAACUUUGAGAAAAUUGAAAAUGAGCUUAAAGAAAUCAACACAAAUCAGGAAGCUCUGAAAAGAAACUUCUUGGAGCUGACAGAGUUAAAAUUUAUACUGCGUAAAACUCAGCAAUUUUUUGAUGAGGCUGAAUUGCAUCAUCAGCAGAUGGCGGAUCCAGACCUGUUGGAGGAAUCCUCUUCACUCCUGGAGCCAAGUGAGAUGGGAAGAGGUGCCCCACUACGGCUUGGGUUUGUGGCUGGAGUGAUCAACCGCGAGCGAAUCCCCACGUUUGAGCGCAUGCUGUGGCGCGUGUGCCGAGGGAACGUUUUCCUGCGCCAGGCUGAAAUUGAAAACCCCCUGGAGGAUCCCGUCACGGGGGAUUAUGUGCACAAGUCUGUAUUUAUCAUCUUUUUCCAAGGUGACCAAUUGAAGAACAGAGUCAAGAAGAUAUGUGAAGGAUUCCGUGCCUCCCUCUACCCAUGUCCAGAAACACCACAGGAGCGGAAGGAAAUGGCUUCUGGUGUCAAUACCAGAAUUGAUGAUCUCCAGAUGGUGCUGAACCAAACAGAGGAUCACCGCCAAAGAGUUCUGCAGGCAGCUGCUAAAAAUAUUCGGGUCUGGUUCAUCAAAGUCCGCAAGAUGAAGGCCAUCUACCAUACCCUGAAUCUGUGCAAUAUUGACGUGACACAGAAGUGCUUGAUUGCUGAAGUCUGGUGUCCUGUAGCUGACCUCGAUUCCAUUCAGUUUGCCCUCCGGAGGGGCACUGAGCACAGUGGUUCCACCGUCCCAUCUAUUUUAAAUCGGAUGCAAACCAAUCAGACCCCACCAACAUACAACAAAACUAACAAGUUCACUUGUGGCUUUCAGAACAUUGUUGAUGCUUAUGGCAUUGGAACUUAUCGGGAAAUAAAUCCAGCCCCGUAUACAAUCAUUACCUUCCCAUUUCUGUUUGCUGUGAUGUUUGGAGAUUUUGGCCAUGGAAUCCUGAUGACUCUGAUUGCUAUCUGGAUGGUGCUUAGGGAGAGUCGUAUUCUGUCACAGAAAAGUGACAAUGAGAUGUUCAACACUGUUUUUAGUGGUCGGUACAUCAUCCUGCUGAUGGGACUGUUCUCCACUUACACAGGCCUUAUCUAUAACGACUGCUUCUCCAAGUCUCUUAAUAUGUUUGGUUCAUCGUGGAGCGUCCGGCCGAUGUUCUCCAAAGCCAAUUGGUCAGAUGAACUGCUUAAGACUACUCCUUUGCUUCAACUGGACCCUGCUGAAGCAGGAGUGUUUGGUGGCCCCUAUCCCUUCGGCAUCGACCCGAUCUGGAAUAUUGCCAACAAUAAACUGGCCUUCCUCAAUUCAUUUAAGAUGAAAAUGUCUGUGAUUCUUGGCAUUAUCCACAUGCUCUUUGGUGUCAUGUUGAGUCUUCUCAAUCACAUAUAUUUUAAGAAGCCACUGAACAUAUACCUUGGAUUUAUUCCAGAGAUGAUUUUCAUGUCCUCGCUGUUUGGAUACCUUGUUAUUCUCAUUUUCUAUAAGUGGACAGCCUACGAUGCUCAUACAUCAAAGGAAGCCCCAAGCCUUUUAAUACAUUUUAUCAACAUGUUUUUGUUUUCCUAUGGUGAUACCAGUAACAAGAUGCUUUAUAAAGGGCAGAAAGGACUCCAGUGUUUCCUUGUGGUGGUGGCAUUACUGUGCGUGCCAUGGAUGCUGGUAGCUAAACCUCUGGUCCUUCGCCACCAGUAUUUAAGGAGAAAGCACUUGGAAGGGCAGCCCGUGGAGGCCCAGGUCAGCACAGUCCCGAACGAGCAGGCACUAGAGGCAGCAGCGGCUGCAACAGGAACACACAACUUUGGUGGGAUCCGGGUGGGCAAUGGACCAACAGAGGAGGAUGCUGAGAUCAUUCAACAUGAUCAGUUAUCUACCCAUUCUGAGGAGGGGGAGGAGUUUGACUUUGCUGACACUGUGGUGUACCAGGCCAUCCACACCAUUGAGUACUGCCUGGGGUGCAUCUCCAACACUGCGUCCUACUUGAGGCUCUGGGCUCUCAGCUUAGCCCAUGCACAGCUCUCGGAGGUGCUGUGGACCAUGGUGAUCCACACUGGGCUCAGUGUGAGGAGUCUGGCUGGAGGCUUUGGCCUUUUCUUCAUUUUUGCUGCUUUUGCUACCCUGACAGUAGCAAUUCUCCUGGUCAUGGAAGGCCUGUCUGCUUUCCUCCAUGCUCUUCGCUUGCACUGGAUCGAGUUCCAGAACAAGUUCUACACUGGCACGGGCUUCAAGUUCCUGCCGUUCUCCUUUGACACCAUCCGCGAGGGGAAGUUUGACGAUUAGCAUCCCCCGAGCUGCACCCGAGCUUUGUGUCCCGUCUGUGUCCCCAUAGUGAACGUAACUUAUUGCAGCAGCCUGAGUGUUACCGGGAAGUUGGAAAGCCGCGAGCUUUGGCAUUCCUGGGUUAAUGAGUGAUCCUGAUCAAAGAAACUUCUCCCUUCAGUUACUGCCGCCGCGGCACGGCGUGUCGGUGUGGUGUAACUGUGCUCUGUGCUGUGAAUUUCCUGCCGGGUCUAUCAGGGUACUGUGAGAAUAAUGCAGCUGAGCGGGCGGAGGGGCACGGGGAGAGGAGGGCGCGGUACCUCCAUCCUGCAUAAAGCUUCCUGCUCAGGAAAAGAGAUUUCGGAGGGAGUUUUGUGUGCGGUUCCUCCGCGUCUGCCUGGAGCGCUUCUCCCCGGCGCCUCCACGCCUGCGUUGUUUCCCGCUGGAGGAGCGGCCGCAGCGCUGCCCGAGCUCCGUGCCGGCGGGCGCUGCGGGUCUGCGUGGCAAAGCAGCUCCGCUCCGCACCUGCCGAUGCCGCUUUUUCUCCUGUGCAAAUUGUGGGUCAGCCCCUGCCUUCUCAGCCCGAUGAGCUGCAGUGCUGUGUGUUGCGAUGUGUGUCGUGCUGCGUUUUGUGCUGUGCCGUGCGUUGUGCUGUGUGUAACUGUCAGUUAUUGCUGUAUUGUUGUGAACAGAGCAGAACAGUAACGCAAAUCCCCCCAGCCUGGAGUUGAGCUGGAAGCCGUGGAAGAGCUGCGCGCGUCUCCUGCAGCGCUGCCGUGUGCGUGCGGGGCGCCGCGGCGAUGCACGGGGCAGCGAUGGGGCGAGGGGCGGUGGGGGCUGCGGAACGAGACCCGCCCCGCCGCGUGGCUGGGGAUCACUGUGCGUUAAUUGAAGUCGCCGUGCAUUAAAGGCGCUGCGCUGCA